GCGACCACAGCGGCAGCGUAGCAGCUGAUAAAAGCAGUCUCUCUGGCUGGAGAGAGCGCAACUUUAGAAACAAAGGCAGCCCAACUAGUCUCACGUUUGACCGCAGCGAUCACUUCGGCAGCAUAGCGAUGCCUCGGAGAGUUGCCAUGCACGUUUGCGCGCUCGUUAUUGGUGCCACAGCACUGCUCCUCCCUCAUAGACCAAGCAGGACUGUGCGGCGACGCGCAACCGACGACAACUUCGAGGUUGUGGGCUCGCAGACUGUCUCGCUGAAAUCACAAUUCGAGCGGGCACUCGUAUUACAAAGAGCGGGCGACCUCGACGGUGCCUUGGACGAGUACAAGGCCUUCAUCGACGCGGCCGAGGAGCACAAAGUCCCACCCGCGGCGUACGCCGAAGUACGAGGCAACGUGGGCGCGCUUCUGCUGAAACGCGGCGACCUCGCGGAGGCGGCGGCCGAACUCGAGGCGUCCAUCGCGCUGCGAGACUUGGCGACGACGCGGUGCAAUCUCGCGAUCAUUCGCAUCCGCCAGAGCGAUGCCGCCGGCGCGCGCGAGCACGCCCGCGCAGCGCUUCGCCUCGGCGACGAGAGCGACUCGCGAACGGGAACGGUCGCG